AUGAAUGGUCAGUUGGAUGAUAUACGAAUAGACUGGAUUACAGUAGACGAUAUCGUUGUAUUUUUCGUAGUUGUCAAUUCACUAGACAGUUAUUGUGAAAUUAAAAAUUCAGAAAUUGCUAAAAUUUUUCAUCGACCAAUUCGAGAAGCAUUGACUUUUCCUGAUCCAAGUACAAUGGGCAUUUUUUUAGCAUUGUCUAUUCCACUUAGCCCCCUUGGAUCAGUUUCAGUUAGCUACUAUUUUGAACAAUCUUAUGAUCUGCCAAAUGGAUCAAUUUUAAUAUCAAACAGCGAAAAAAAAAAUAGAAAUAAACGUAAAAUUGACAGAACAAGUAUUUACGAAAUACUGGAGAAUAAACUUGAUAAUUCUGGAUAUUCAGGAAGGGCGUGUCUUCUUCGAUCAAUCUGUGAAAUUUCUGAAUUUAAUCUAGAUGACAAUGGAAUAGUUGGAGAUAUUUUGAAUGUUAUUUUCAAACCAUCGACUUCACAACCCGAAGAUCUACCACAAGACAUUCUCGAGGCUGAGUUUAUAGGACGUGUCGGUUACAAUGAUACCUGUUUGAAAUACCAUUCUACUUGUCCCAUGGGACUUUUUGACAUGAUUGGAAUCUUCAUGUAA